CAACAAUUCAUGAAGCUACGCAGCAUUUGAGCAUUUGGCUUGGAAUUACUCGCAGCUCGAGGCGCUGAUGCGAUGCCGAUUUGCAUCGAGUGUCGGUAUCCGGUGAAGACGCUCUACACCGAAUAUUCAGGCGCUGAUGACAAGUCGACCGGUCAUGGAGUGCGACUUACAGUAUGCAAGAACUGUGGGCGCUUCUGUGACAAAUAUGUCGAGCAUGACUUUGUCGUGCUGUUUAUAGACUUGGUUCUGAUCAAACCGCAAGUUUAUCGACAUCUUCUCCAUAACUCCCUUAUGCGCGCCGAUGAUCAGUUUGAUCGCUCUAUAAUACGACUCGGCAUCCUUCUUCUACUAUUCGAUGUAUAUCUAACCUGGGCGCGCAUUGAGAAGGCCGCACCCACAUCCUCCGCCCCCGAAGCAUCCAACUUCGGCCGUCUCGCCCAGCAACCUAUCGGCAUACAGUACAUAUUCUUCCUGGUCCUCUGCGCCCUCUCGACACUUGCCUUCCACCUUUCGAUCCGCUUCCUGACGUCCUCCCGGCUAUCCCCCCUCCACUUCCUGGGCCUCUUGCCGACCUAUCCGCGACCGAAUUCUGUCUCCACAGCUCUCCUCGUGAGCUCAAGCACGAAAUUGUUUCCUAUAUUGAUGGUAAUAUGGGAGUAUGAUGUGCCUGCUGCAGCGAGGAGUUUGGGAUGGGCGGUUGUAGCGAAUAAUAUCGAGGCGCUGAAGAUCUUGCUGGAUUGCGGAUAUGUCCCUGCAGCGAUUCUGGCCGCGGUGGGUGCAGUGAGCAGAUGGCUUGUUGCGAGAGGAAUUCUGUGGGUUGUUGGGCUAGAAGGGCUUGAUAGUGGGUGGGAGACUCCCAGCGAUGGGAAGGCAUUUUGGAGUGCAAUUGGGAUGGCUAGGGAAUGGGGCGGGAGACUGGGCGGGUUAUGA